AUGGCUCAGUUCGACCAGUACACAUGGAUCUUUGCGAUCUCAACUGUUGUCAGUUUCAUCUGCGCCUUUGGGAUCGGCGCCAACGAUGUGGCCAACUCGUUCGCCACUUCAGUUGGGUCCAAAGCCCUGUCCAUGCCCCAGGCCAUCAUGAUAGCAGCUGUCUGCGAAUUCCUGGGAGCGCUUCUGCUUGGAGCAGGAGUCACUGACACUGUUAAGAACAAGAUCGCCAACGUGGGGCUUUUCACCAACACCCCAGAGCUGCUGAUGAUGGGUAUGCUCGCGGUCAUGAUCAUGGCGGCGUUCUGGGACAACUUCGCGUGCCACCUGGAGCUGCCAGUCUCCACCACUCAUACCACAGUUGGCGCAAUCGUGGGCAUGGCCUGGGUCAUCCGCGGCCGGUAUGCUGUGGUGUGGAGCAAGCUGAACAUCAACCCCGCGACGGGGGACAACGACUUCCCCGCGGGCAAUAACGAGUUCCCGUAUCUCAAGGGCAUGAGCAUCAUCUUCCUCCAGUGGGUGGUGUCUCCAAUCAGCUCCGGCAUCCUGGUGUCCAUUCUCUUCUUCCUGCUGCGCACCUUCGUCCUCCGCUCGCCGCACUCUUUCAUCCGCGCCUUCUACCUGUUCCCAAUCCUGGUGACUGGGACCUUCUUCGUCGUCGUUAUGUUUGUCAUUCAGACUGGCAACAAGAAUGGCAGCUGGGACCUAUCGGGAGCUGAGAGCGUGUGGAUCAGCGUCGUGAUUGCUGUCGGCAUGGGCGUUCUGAUUGGACUUAUCGCCAUGCCCCUGCUCUGGAAGGCAGUCCACGCGGCAGACGCUGACAGGGAGCGCUCCGAAGCCGACCGUAAGAUGGAGGCCGCCAAGAUCGAGGCCUGCGAGCUCGACCCCAAGGAAGCCGCUCGCCUGCGUGCGCUGGCCGAUGUCGAAGCAGCCAACGAGAGCAAGGACACCAUGUGGAACCGCUCCAUGGACAAGAUGGGUGUGAACAAGUUCGCACAGACGGGCGCAGGCAAGCUCAUCUUCGGCAACUGGUUUGUCAGGACCCUGACCUACGGCGCUAACUACAAAGUUCACGAUGCCAUCGGCACCGAUGACCGCGUUGGAGAGAUUUGGGAGGGCGCCGAGGUCUUCGACUUCAAGACGGAGCGUUUGUUCCGUUACCUCCAGGUGUUCUCUGCUAUGGUUAUGUCUUUCGCCCACGGCUCCAACGACGUUGCCAACGCCAUGGGACCCUACUCCGCUGUCUACACAAUCUGGAACACAAGCAAGGUGCCCCCUAAGACCAAUGUCGAGAAGUGGAUCCUCGUGUACGGUGGUGCUGGCAUCGUUGCUGGUUUGUCCACGUACGGGUACAAGAUUCUGCAGGUGCUGGGUGUGAAGUCCGUCAAGAUGACCAACGCGCGCGGAUUCUGCUGCGAGCUCGCGACCGCGGGCGUCGUCAUCCUCUCCUCCAGAUAUGGCCUGCCCGUGUCCACUACCCAGACCAUCACGGGCGCCCUCGUUGCCAUGGGGCUCUUCGAGGGAGCGAAGGGGGUCAACUGGCGGGUUAUCACCAAGGUGUUCGGGGGGUGGAUCUUGACCAUCUUCAUCGCGGCUCUGAUCUCCGCCGCGAUCACGUCUUUCGCCGUCUACUCCCCCAGCAAGGUCGCCUCGGAUGACAACAACUACGUCGCGACUUACAUUGACAACCAGGCGCUGCGCAUGAUCCGCCAGAUGAACACCUCCGCCAACGGGCUCACAGUCCGCCCCGCUCUGAACAACCUGAGCAAGACGGUGAAUGCCAUCGUCAAGUCCGCGAACAAGCACCCGUACGACUACGUCAAGGCCCACAACUCCACCUUCGUCCUUUACAACAGCACCCUCGCUUCCAAGGCCGUCUAA